GAGACUUGACUUCAGCUUUACUAACACAAGAAGUAGAGAGACUACGAACGUUUGCGAAUCGUUGAGAAAACUCCUCUUCGACAAGAGGAUCGAUCUUCGUCCCCUCCCGCUAUCCUCUUUCACUCAUUUUAUCAUUCCAUCCUUCUCUUUUUCUUUCUCUCUCUUUCUCUCUUUAAUCGCAUCGACGAUUUGAUUUUUUCUCUUAAUUCGUUUUUAUAUCUCUCCUAUCUUCUUCUCUGAUCGCGCGCGUGUCUCUCGUUCUGUCUGUGUGUGUGUGUGUGUGUGUGCUCGUGCGUGUGCGUUAUUUUUUCUUUCUUUCUUUUUUUUUUUUUUUUUUUUUCUUUUUUCUUUUUUACAAGACAAGAGAAUGCAGUCCGCCGAGUGUUCGUGACGAUUACAGGUAGAAGACGAGUGGUGAUGAAAGAAAAAAAGGAACUACAACAACAACAACAACAACAUCGACGUCUCCUCGUCGGACCAUUUCUUGGAAGCAUCGUAAUACCGCGAAGAGAACGUAGAAAAUUCAUAGGAAAGAGUCGAGAGGAGUCGAUGAAAGCCGAGAAGUGUCGAGCAAAGGUCCUACAAAGUUGUCAUUCCUACUUCUGCGUUUAUACGUUUCUACGCAUUACACGAGAUGUCUUUUGGGAUACUUUACCGUGGUAUGCGAUGAUUAUCGUCAGAGGAACCUGAGGAGAACAUACACGUGAGAUCGAUGACACUCUCGUGUUAGAAGAAAAAUCGUGCGAGCGACGAGGCAACGUGCGACGUGAGUCGUCGCCACGAACGCGAUUUAAUAGAUCGACGAAAGAAUGUGACAAAUCCUUUUUGGAUUUUCUACGAAGAGUCGGAUGUUGUUAAGGAGAAAGACGAAGAGAAGAAUGGAGCAAGUUCCUGAAGGUUGAGAUAGAACGAAAUAGCGAAGAAGAAAGAAAAAAAAAAGAAGGAGGGAAAGAUUGAGGGGAAGAAAAAGAGAGGGAGAGAGAGAGAGAGAGAACACGAGUGAGAGGAUCGUCGAUAUGACAAGUCGGAUAAUGCAGCCUACCGUCUCAACACUCGGCAUCAUCGCCAUCAUUUUCGUCACGAUCACUGCCACGGCAUCAGAAGCCGAGAACGGUGGCGCCAUCGGGCUUGAUAUCAAUCAUCCUGGAGGCAGGAACACGGAGGAGGAUCAUCGACACUUUCCGGAUAACGAGAGAAGUACGAGGAAUAACAACACAAACAACAACAACAAUAAUAAUAAUAAUAAUAAUAAUAAUAAUAAUAAUAAUAAUAAUAAUAAUAAUAAUAAUAAUAAUAAUAAUAAUAAUAAUAAUAACAACAACAACAACAGCAACAACAACAGCGGCAGCAGCAACAAUAACAACAACAAUAACAAUAAUAAUAGUAGCAGUAGCAGCGGUAACAGUAACAAUAAAAAUAAAGAGGAAGUGAAGGAGGAGGAGGAGGUUUGGCACGUUGAUAAGAUCAACGUUAAUUCUACGAUAGAUUUGUCUUAUUCAAAGAUAAAGAGAAAAUCUGAUGUUACGACGUUAUUAUCGGCAUCGACGAUGACGACAACUAUGAUAGAACGAUCGAAUAGAAAUAAUAAUACUAAUGAGAAAAGGACAAUUGGAAAGGAAAUAGAUAGAAUCGAGUUUCUCGAUUACGAGGAAACAGAGCAACAAUAUCAGAGGGAUCAAAGUAAAAUGAAAAUUGAUCAAGGUAUAUCAAGGAUUCAGGAUGAUCCUAAGGAUGAUUCAACGGUGACGAUUGUUCCAUCGAGAUCCCAUCAAAGGAUAUCGAUCGAUGUUACUACGUCCAGGGAUUUCUCGAUGUUAGCUGAUAGUACGAGCCUAUUCGAAAGCCAAUUGGAAAACAGUGUUACAGUGAAGGCUACUUAUUUGGAAGUACCUCAACAGGAUCCCUCGACGAGUAGUAGGAGCAACAGUAAUAGUAAUAGUAAUAGUAAUAGCAAUAGUAGUAGUAGUAGUAAUAGUAGUAAUAUCAUCAACAUCAACAUCAGUAACAAUAACAACAACAGUGGCAAAAUUGACGUCGAGUCAUCGUCAUCUUCUUCCUCCUCGUCCUUCUCUUCGAGUAACGUCAGAUCGAACGAUCUUCAUCGAUCUUCUCGAUUAAAGUUACGAUACGAGAACGAACACGAUAAAAAUAUUGAUCGUGGACAUUAUAUAUCAUCCAGUAUACGUUCGAUCGAUGAUGAUUCCCCGUCGCAAUAUCUUCGUUCUACCGAAUCGAUCGAGCUAAAGGAUUUCAAUGACAUAAGAGCGAUAUCCUUUCAAGUACCAAAGCCAGAAAUGUUUGAAGAGUUAAAUGGCGAUGAGAAGGAACGUGAUAGUUCCUUAGAAUCAAUUGUUAAAUCUGUUCGUAAGAAUAAUCAUGAUAUCGAUAAUAUCAAAAUUGAGGAUCCAUUAAAAAUGAUACCGGAAACGAGAAAGGAUCGUUCGAGAUUAAUGAACGAGUUAUCCGGUAAUGAGAAAUCAACGAAAGCGUUUUACGAGAUCAAACCAUCGGUUAAAACCGAACUCGAAAGGAACAACGACGGUCAUAAUAAUAAUAAUAAUAAUAACAAUAAUAAUAAUAAUAAUAAUAAUAAUAAUAAUAAUAAUAAUAAUAGUAAUAGUAAUAGCAAUAGUAAUAGUCGUCGUCAAUCGAUUAUUACUAGCACGCAAAAGACUUUGUUAGGUGGAAAAUUUGUUUUGCCGAGCGUUGACAGUGCCAUUGGAAAAUUUGGACCGUACUUCGUCGAUGGCGAUCGAGAGAUCAACGUAACUGCAAGAAUUGGCAGCACCGUUGGCCUUGAUUGCAAGAUAGGCUUGCUUGGUGAUAAAAAGGUCACUUGGGUGCAACAAGACGAGGAUUCCUUUCGACUUUUAACCGUUGGCAGGAUCCCUUAUAGCGUCGAUCAAAGGAUCAGCCUUCAUUAUCGGUACCCAAGUAACUGGAGAUUGCAAAUCCUGUAUGCUUCGCCAAGGGACUCAGGACUGUACAAGUGUCAAGUGUCUACUCAUCCACCUCUCGUGAAAAAAAUUAAUGUCAUCGUCACAGCACCAAUCUUAACGAUAACAGACGAUUCCGGGAGAACAGUAGCGAAGGAGAGACAUUUGAAAGCUGGAAGCGCCCUUCGUUUGAGAUGCGAGGCAAGGGACGUAUUAGAAUCUCAAAAUGAAACGGUCGUUUGGACAAGAGGAGACGAAACGCUCACUGAUAACGUUAGCGAGAACAGGACAACGGAGAUGACAGAGGGCAAGGAGGUCCUUGUGAUAGUAACAACUCUUAUCGUCGAAAGAGCUAGCCCGAGGCACGCCGGUAACUAUAGUUGCUUGGUGCCUGGAAUAGCCAAGACGACUAUAGCCGUUCACGUUCUCAAUGGCGAAUUACCAGCGGCCGUGCACGAUGGAAACGGUGUAUCGCGUGCUGUCCUCAAUCUCUGGCUGAUUCAUUUGACAGUGAGCUACGUUUUCUUCAGAUGACAAUACUAAGGUUGUUUCAACAACGUCGGUGCAUCCAGUCGGCGCGACUAUCUCGAUUCAAUUUUCUUUGGGGGCGAGACAUCGCAAUGCGGUCUCGCAGAAACGAGACGAUGCGCUCACAUACACACAAUACACAUAGGACAUAUACGUACACAUAAAAACGUGCACAUGGACACAUAAGUGCACAUGGGACACAUAAGUGCACAUGGACACAUAAGUGCACGUAUACACCGAAAUAUAUAUAUAUAUAUAUA